GUGUGGUGUUUUAGUCACGAUCGCAUUAUGGCGGUUCGAUGACUCACUUUAGUGAAACACGUUUUGACUUUUAUCACUAUACGUUUACUACAUCCUUUGAACAUUUUCGUGUGACAGGAAAGAAAAAAAUUGCGGAAAUGGCAACGACAGAGCAAACAGUUGAAAAUAACAACACGCAAAUGCUUGACGUAGUCAGCCGAACGCAAAUUGUGACAGACCUGGACACAAUAAGACAAUUGGGAAACACGGUCGAUUGUCAAAAAGAAUCCCAAGACAAAAUGGCAUUUGACUUGGAAUAUUUGCAGUCAGUACUUUUCUACGUGUCAAACGUCCGUGUUCUAAUAUCUUUGGAAGGUGAACAUGAAAAAAUUCAUGAGUAUUGUCGUUUGAUUGAAUCUAUUGCUGAAGUUUGUCAAGUUAAAGUCAGAGAGCUUAAAGAACGUUACGAUGAAUUCAGUUCAAAGACGUGCGAUGAGUUUUCCAAGAUGAAAAUUGAGGGGCGGAAAAUUAUGCAGGAAUCUUGUGUGUCAGAUCACUGCGAAGAAUACCAAGAUCACCCGCAAGAAGCAAUCAAGGCAAUGACACCAGAAGAAAAUGAAGAUGAGUUGAAUGGUUCUUUGUACGACAGUGAUGUUGAGUCUCAAAAUAUGUUGGAGACCGAAAGAGAAAGACUUCCACUAGAACGCAGUAAACCUUGGUCCGAGCAUGAACCUCAAAAUAUGGUGCAGAGCGAAGGGAAAAGUCUUCCACGAGAAUGCGAUGAGCCAAAUACAGACAAUCAAUUAUGCUGCCUCGAUCCAAGGAAGAUGAUUUUCUGUAAACGGUCAUGUGGUUUAGUUGCCCUGCAGGUGAUGCUCUAUGAAGAAGGAGUACGUUUUUGUAUGUCAAGGUUUUGUCAGAAAUUACAACAAAUUAUGGGGAAAGGUUUGUUCGAAAACAGGGAGACAAAAAUGCAAGAGAAGCUUGGAGAAAUGGAUCGUUUGUUGCCAUGCACAAAAGUACUUCCUGUCCUAAAUGAAAAAGGCUUCUUGAGAAAAAUAUUCCUCAAACGGUGCAUGGAUGACAGCAGAGGGCUUCUACUGGAAGAUGUGAAAAAUGCUUUUAAAAAUUCAAAGCGUAAUGCAGGUGUUUUGCUUUAUCACACGAAUAAAAUAAGCCAUUGCGUUAAUCUGGUGAAACACAUGAAGGAAGUUAAAAUUUACGAUGGGACCAAUGGUAGAGACAAUCCGAUAGACUUUGAUAAAGCCCUUUCUGCUCAGGUUGUUGUCUUAUCUUUUACAAACGAUGAAAAUGAUGAAAACUAUGGAAUUUCUGUCAUUGCCAGUAAAUGGUUUGAUUGCUAUUCGGACAUUUGCAAAACGGAAUAUGUCCAAAGUCACGCAAAUAAUAGAAAUCUUAGUUGUUCAAGUAGGAUGGAUGCAGCUGAUGGUCUUUAAACUUAAAAUUUGUUUUGGGUGUUAGCCAAAUUCCGAAACUUUCCCACACCCAGUCAAUUAUAAUGAAUUUACAAAGAAGCAUGUGAACUUACAUAAAAUAGAUUUUACGCCAAACAAGAAGACAUUGACACCUCAUCCCACAACUUACGUAGCAACAUACCGAGCAUCCCAACAAAUCCUAUCGACCUUCUCUUAAGCAACAAAAGAACCAAAAAAAAAGAUCAGGAUAUUAUACAAAUAGAACCAAUAGAAAAGAAUGGGAAAAUGCCAGUUAGGCGCUCAUUAUGCCAACCAAAAAAAACAGAUAAAAGCCUCAAAGGCAAAAACCACCAAACGACCUGACAAGUUAAAAAGUCGUUACCUCAAGAAAAAAAAUCCAGAAAACGUAGAUAACACACAAGUUGCAAAGCCUCUUGGGUCUUAAAUUAUGGGCCAAUAUUAUCUCACUUUCUUCCGUUCGAUUUUAAUCCAUAGAAAUAGAUUUUUGAAAGAAAAAAUAAAAUCCUAUCUACUUACCAAGUGCAUAGCAUUAACCAGUGGCUAUCCAGUCUUCUUCUAACCGGCCUUCUGAGCAUUGCUGUACGAUCUGUGCUAACAGAGGAAACGUUACGACAUUUAACAGUGCGAAGAAAGCAGUUUCAUCGAAUCAUUUGGUUGCCACAUCACGUGACCAUUUAUGCCUCUAGUUGUUGGAUAAAUCUUAUCUUAACUUUGUCGAGUAAAAUGUCUCACAACUUGGUGACAUAUAGUGAUCACUACACCGUAAUUGAAAGGUACAGGUGACAAAAUGAUGAUGUUCUAUUUGAUAGCGAUACACGUGACCACAUUUUACUGUAAACAAGACCUAUCUAAGAUGUUUCAACAGUUUGAUAUGAAUGAACGCAAUCAUCAACGAAAAUUGAAUACCACUGACGCGAUUCAAAAGUUUUCAUUAAUGGAAUACUUACUGGCAAGAUGUAAGGGAAGAAAUAGCUAUAGCUAUAAAAUUUCUGAUAAAGUUGAAAAAACAAUCGCAAGAUAAAUUAUUAAUUUAUGUAUAAUAGCUAGGUCUUUAUAACAUACAAUAACGCUACCAUUUACAAAUUUUGUUUGAUAUUUCGAUAUGAGUGACGGAUCAUUGACACAUCAAUCAGAAUAUAUUAUUGUAGCUCGUUUGGGGUUUAAAAAAUACCUUAGAGGAAACUUUUUUGAUAAAAUUUUAUCAUUUAGAAAUUCAAUUAUUUAGUUUUCUUCUGAAAGUAUUUCGUAUUAAAAAUUGAGCAUCGAGCCAAUAAUUUAUUUUGACUAACACUGGAUCCGCCAUUGUAACAAAAUAUAUUUAAUCACAAAACUAGCUUCAAAAGAGUUGUACGUAAAGUUUUUAAUAUUAUUAAAUUUGGCAUUAAUGAGUGUA